AUCUUAAAGUUAAUUGCAAAUUGUUUUGAGAUCUGAAGGAAUUUGAAUUAAGUGCAUGCCUGCAUUAACAGCUGUGUCUAACAUAAAGUUAAGAGUCUCAGAAAGUAGACAUAAUACGGAUUACCUGAGAGUAAGCUUUGGAAAGCUGUGUACACUGAGCAAAACUGACACAGAGACACUACAGACAAAACAUUUCAAUUUUAGCUGCCUUGAAAGCCAGAAAGACAAACAUGAUAGCACAGUAAGGGUCGCAAGUAAAAUAGUGUAAAAACAAGAAAUGAGUUAACAGAAAAACUGUAUCCUUUGAGGUUAAGGUUUAAAUUACUGUAAUUGCUAAAAUUACACUGGUGAAAAGUACAAACUUAGUGUGAGAGCGGCUUAGUAGUGAAUGUGAAAGUGAAAGUAUUGUUCCAAGUAGCUACAGACUGAACGUGGAAGAAUGUUCGAGCAUGUUCGAGUAUAUCUAUAUCUAUAGUAUAUCUGAGGCCAGAAAGGGUAGCGAGAGAGAGAGAGAGAGAGAGAGAGAGAGAGAGAGAGAGGAGGGAUUCAAGGGGGGGAGGCUUGCCCCCUCCCUUUGCUCCUGCGAGAAUUGUGCAAGAUAGCUGUAUUUCUUUUUCUUUCUUUUUUUAAUGUGUGAGAGGAGCUUGACUGAUCGCUGUUGUUUUAAAUGAGUAGUGGUAAUAUCUCUCAAGCUCAGUGCAUUAUAUCAUUAUAUUUUUAUAUUUUUGUUUGUGAGUUAAAAGUUCGGGAAAUGGGGUAAGAGAAAACAAGGCAAGUGAUGAGGGGCAGACAAACUGUUGUGCAGGACCGAGACAAACACACACGUGCACACACACAGGAGACAAGCUAGGGGUUGAGAUGACAUUUGGGAGUAGGGAAGUAGAAGGAAGUAGAAGAACAGAGGAAUGUGUGUGUCUGCGUGUGAGGUAGUGGCGGUGGGUGGGUGUUACGUUUGAGGUAAACAGAAAGGGAGCUAUGAUCUCUGUGUACCUACUCUGGUCAAUAUCCAGUGUUAAUAAAGUGGACUAAAGGACAACACAUACCUUGGAUACUUUAGCAAAAUCUCAACCUUGAGGGACUGAUCCUUUGGAUAAACAGCACUGCAAGUAAGAGAAAAUGAUGUGAUCACUCAACAUCAGCAUGAAGCAGUUUCUUCACACUGUACAACCUUGGACUGAUAGAUAAACAGAAACACCUGAAGAGUAACAAAUAUAAAAGACCACCACAGCAACUUUCAGUGAGGAGAUGUCAGUCUUGCUUAAUACCAGUGCCUCCUUCAGCUCCGAGCAGGAGCUUCUGGACCUGCAGGACCGCCCUCUCAGGGGGUGUCCCUCUUUGGAUACCCCCAGCCCCCUGGACUCCCAGAUUGACAGCCUAGUAAGCUCAAGCCCCAGAAGCCCAGGCAGCUCUGGAACUGAUGGCCCUGUUGAGUCCCACGUUUUCACUGUGGCUCCCCAUACAGAGACUCCCAAAGAGUUGAAGUUGAUCUCCACUCACUCAGAUCAGCUUUGUGGCUGGGGGGCACUGAAGCCUAAAGCUAUCCAAGUCUUCAACACCCCUCAUUGGGUGCUAUUUUUCCUUUGCGUGGCCUCUUUCCUACAGGGGAUGAUAAUCAAUGGCUUCAUUAACACAGUGGUCACCUCCAUUGAGAGGCGUUUUGACCUGCACAGCUACCAGACUGGUCUCAUCGCCAGCUCCUAUGACAUUGCUGCCUGUGGCUGCCUAGUCUUCGUCAGCUACUUUGGUGGCAUGGGCCAUAAGCCUCACUGGCUAGGAUGGGGUGUGCUGAUCAUGGCACUUGGUUCUCUAGUCUUUGCCUUGCCUCACUUCACCACACCCCACUACCACGUGAGUCUAUCUGAGCAAACAGUAAUGUGCUCUGCCAAAAAUACCAACCCAUGCUGGGACAAGGAGGGCCGAGGAUUGUCCAACUAUCGUUUGGUGUUCAUGCUGGGCCAGUUUCUACACGGUGUGGGUGCUACGCCACUCUACACAUUAGGGGUCACAUACCUGGAUGAGAAUGUGAAGUCCAGCUACGCACCUGUUUAUAUUGGGAUUUUCUACACAGCAGCCAUUGUGGGUCCAGCAGCAGGCUACCUGUUGGGAGGAUACUUCCUCAACAUUUACACAGAAGUCCAGAUGACGACAGAGAUGACCCCAGAGAACCCUCUGUGGGUUGGGGCUUGGUGGAUUGGCUUUCUAGCAGGAGGAGCAGCAGCUCUGCUGACAGCAUUCCCCAUCCUGGGCUACCCACGUCAGCUACCGGGCGCUCAGGAGCAUGUAGCCAUGAGGGUGUCAGAAGUCCACCAGUUUAAGGACGGAAGCCACACCGCAGCCUCAGAACCUCGGUUUGGCAAAUCAGUCAGAGACAUGCCAAGAUCUGUGCUGCUCCUCUUAAAGAAUCCCACCUUCCUGUUCCUGUGCUUGGCUGGGGCUACUGAGGCCACCCUCAUUGCUGGCAUGUCCACUUUUGGUCCGAAGUUCAUAGAGUCACAGUUAAAUCUCAGUGCAUCAGAGGCUGCCACGUGGUUUGGAUGUAUGGUGGUACCAGCAGGAGGUGGUGGCACCUUACUGGGUGGCUACAUUGUAAAAAAAUUGAACCUACGCUGUCGAGGCAUCAUCCGGUUCAGCCUGAUAUGUACAAUGGUCAGUCUGUUCGCUAUCUUCGUCUUUCUCAUCCACUGCCCCAACGUGCCCAUGGCUGGUGUCACAGUACCAUACCAGUCUGGUUUGAUGGAAGAGCAUCAACUGGAUCAGUAUAACCAGCGCUCUUCUUUGGUGGAGAACCUGACAGUGGGCUGUAAUGCAGGGUGUAACUGUGUCAGAGAGCUGUACAGUCCAGUGUGUGGGGCAGAUGGCGUGAUGUAUUACUCCCCCUGCCACGCUGGGUGCAGCUUCAUCAACCACACUCAACUCUCCACAGGCAAACAGGUGUAUUCUGGAUGUAGCUGUGUGGUGGGUAAUGUCUCCUGGGGUGAGGAGGGCUUUGCAGUGGAGGGAAAGUGUGGCAGCUCCUGCCGCCACAUGCCCAUCUUCCUCUCCUUCAUCUUCAUCGUUAUCUUCUUCACCUUUCUCUGUAGCAUCCCAGCACUCACCGCCACACUCAGGUGUGUGUCAGACAGUCAGAAGUCCUUUGGACUUGGCAUCCAGUGGAUUGUGGUGCGCACACUUGGUAGUAUUCCAGGACCCAUAGCAUUUGGCUCUCUGAUUGACAUUUCCUGCUUACUGUGGCAGGAUCAGUGUGGUGAGCAGGGCUCCUGCUACCUCUAUCAGAAUUCAGCCAUGGGCCAAUACACACUAAUAGCUGGCAUCAUUUAUAAGGUUCUGGGGACAGUCUUUUUUCUGUUGGCGAGUAUCUUGUACCAGCCUCCUCCUGAAUCACCUCAAAGCCACCUCAAAGAGACCACUGACAAUGGGGUAGGGGACGUGAGUGACCUGCCCAUCAAAGACCUUCCUGAGGAUGGUGUCAUUGUCAACAGGCACACCAGGCUUUGAUGUCUGAGAUGCCAUGGCUAUGUCUGUGACUGUAUGCAUGAGACAUAUGUGGCUGAGUGGUGAUGGGCAGUGCCUCUCUAUAUCAACAG